ACAACAUUUUUGUUUUGAAACUGUGGAGUCUGUAGCGACCGUAAUUGAAUUGUUAAUAGGCUGUUUUACCCAAAAUAUUGUUAAUCAACGGUUUAUAGAACCUAUUUAUAAUGUAAUAUGGCGCACUUACUUGGUAGCCAAUAUUGUAUUGAGAGUCUAACAAAAGAUAUUAAGGAUAUACAAGGAACGCUAGCGGAGGUGGGAUUUAGAGUCGGCCAGGUUAAAUACCAAUCAUGGAAAUUCCCGGACAAAUUGUCAGUGGAUGUAGAUGUUGAUGGUGUGUUGGAGGAUUGUGAGUUCAAGCAGGAUGAAGAAGAUAACCAAGUCACUCAUGUCACGCUGUACGACCUUUUGAUUGACAGACUACUGUUCCUGCUACAAAGCUUUACUCAUUUCAACGAAGUCUUAAUUCCUUCCAAAUCUUCUUCACCGAAUAAGCCGCCACACGAGGGGGGUAAAUCUCGUUCCAUGUCAGCUGGUUUGACCACUAGGAGAUGCUGGAGCAGAAUCAGCCAAAUAGCGAUUGUGAUGCAACAAAUGGCGAAAGAGAUUGAAAAGCAAAAGAAAUCGUUUUUAAAAUCAAGAAAUGUUGAAUCUGAAUCUGACAGUGAACCAGUGAAGUCUUUAAAAGUUACAAUAGCACCUGGUGUCAGUGUUGAGCAGCCAAUAUCAAGGGGGAUUUCUCACCAGUGUUGCCAGACACCUGAAACUUUAUUUUCAACAUGCGAGGUGUGUUCGCGUGCCCAACAGUGCAUGCAUGAUGUUGGAAGAUCAAUUGUAAAAGUUUGUAAAUCUCAAUCGUUGCCGACGUCACUGGAAGAUUAUAUCGAGAAACAGAAUGUUUCGUCACUCAUGUCCAUCGCCGAGCUGACAAGAUGGAAGAACUUGCAAAGGAAAGAUUUGUCACGAAUUGACCGACAGCUCGAGAAUUUGAUGAAACAGAUAAAACCACUCAAGCAUGAACUGAGUGAGUCAGCAAAACGUGAGGACGAGUUAAAGAAUGAAAUUCAGCGACUCAGCACCAUUUCUGAGCAAAGAGAAAAGGAAUUUGAGGAAGAACAUCGAAGAAGGGAAUUUAAACUCAAAGAGGUUGAAAAAUCAUUGAGAAGCCAAGUCACCAAGGCCACGAAUGAAGUCAACAACCUGAAUGAGAGGAACACGAUAUUGACAACACAGUUAUCUGACAUUAAAGAUGAAUUACUACAGAAACAUAGAGCAAUGUUAACAGUUGAAAACAUGAAGUCUCAGUUGAAAGAGGAAGUGAUGGAGGGGAAGCAAUAUCAGGAAGAUGCUCUAAAGAUGAGAGGGGAGCUUGGAGUCCUCCGGAGGCAAGUGGAGGACUUGGAAGAGCAGGUGAGGAUCUCAGAGAGGAAGUUGGAAGAUCAGAAAAGGAUAAACAAGACAUUGGAGAGUCAUGAAAAGGCAGUACAAGAGAAGCAAGGAAGUUUGUUGCUACGGUUACAAGAGCUCAAUGAGGAGUGUGAGGAAUGGAGGGAGAAAUCCUCCUCCUGGGAGAAUGAAAGAGAAAGAAUAAAGGAGAAGGUGGAAGAGCAGAAGAGAAGAAGUAAAAAACAUGAGAUAGAAUUGAAAACAGUCCAAGAGGACAUUGUGUCGGAUGAGGUUGUUUCCAUGAAGAAGACGAUCUCGGAUCUUCACUUGGAUGUUGAGGAGCUGAAUGAUGAGUUGGAUCGAUGCAGGGAGAGGGAGAGAUUGUUGGUUGCUUAUCCUGAUCUGCAUCAAACAUGUUCACCCAUGGUUCAAUCAAGCGGUGAUGUCAUGCAUGACAUGCAACAGCAAGUCGCAGCCAACGACGUCAGAAUCGAAGUUUUGGAGAAAGAAAACAAAGUUCUUCUAAAAACGUUGAGUAAAGUUCCCCAUUCAGGGAAUUCCCCCGCGGAGUCGACAUCGACAAGAACAGAUUCGAUAUUUUCAUCUGAGCCCGUGCAAUUAUGGAAGAGAGACAGCGAUGUAAGAGAGGAAUCCCCUCGGAACUACCAGUCGAAACUAAGUGUUCGAACCAAGUCAAGUUAUUCGCCGAGUAAGCAUGACAUCGGAGAAAAUAUUAAAACUAAGCAAGGUUCCGGUGUGCGAACAUCAUUUCAUGUCGGGCCAGGAAAGCGACGAAGCGUAACACCGACAUCACGACCUUCGUCAGCGAGGAGUGCAUUGUUGAAACCAUGGACGUGAUUGUGAUGUCAUAUAUACCAACCAUUGUAAUGUUAUAUAUACCAACAUUGUGAUGUCAUAUAUCAACAUUGUGAUGUCAUAUACCAACAUUGUGAUGUCAUAUACCAACAUUGUGAUGUCAUAUACAUAUCUAACUUAUUUUAAGAUUGUGAUGUCAUAGAACUGUUACAAUAUUUGUUUUCAAUGUUAGUUUACAUAGAAAUAGAAAAUAAGUGUCACUAAUCUUGAAAUAUAAUGAUUAUUUAAACUUAACAUUCAUUUAUUUAUACUUAAACUUUGAGUGCCAAGACAUGUAUUGCUUAUUCAAGACUGGACUAUGAAAUAACAAAGAUGUUUCAAUGCA